AUGACUAAAUAGUUUGAAAAUAAAUAAUAGAUUUCUAAUGACUUAAUUGUAUACUAAGGACUCUACUAUAAAUUUAUAAACGAAUAAAUUAAGUAACAAAGUAUCUUUAGAUAACAUAAAAACUGCUCAUAUGCAUACUUAAAUUAUGGUAAAUGUCCACAAUAUAUUUACGAUGCCUUCACAACAGAUGGUUAAUAUUCACUUAAAGUUGACCUUUUUUUCCAUAGGACUAAUUUUACAUAUGAUAGUUUUGAGCCAGAGGGUUAAAUUAGAUUAAGAAAAAAUUGGGAUUUUUAUUUCUUUGCUAAAUCAGCCAUUUAAGCUAGGAAAAAUGAUCUAAUUAAUAUAUCUAUAGUCUAUAACUCAUUUAAUGAUAGCCUUUUAACAAUUACUCCAGGAUAGUAAUUCAUUUUUCAUUUAUUAAAGCUAAUUUUUUUUUUGAAUAGGCUAACAAAUUUGUCUUCAGUAAAUUAUCUAAGUUGUAUGGGAAACCAAUAUAAGGAACCUUACGACCCUAGAUGUAGAGAAUGGUAUUAAAAUGCUUUACAGCAUCCAGGAAAUCAGUUUUUUAAGCCAUACUAAGAUUUUUUUACUCAUACAACUAUCAUGACAGCUUCUGCUCGUAUAGAUGAUCCUUUGGGAAAUAACAUAAGCAUUAUUUCUGUUGAUUUUAUAAUUGCAAAUCUCAUAAAUAAUCUCUUUGCGCGGUAAGACCAAAGUUCUAACUUCGACACUCAUUCUGUUUUAUUUCAUCAAGAUUAAAAUACAGUUUACUACCAUCCAAAUUGGAAUGCUAACGAAAGGACUAUUGUUUCAUGGUAAAAUCUUGAAUUUAAUAAUUCGGAUUAUGAUCUGAAUGAAUAUAGUAAAUUUACCAUGUUAGUUUAAAAUUCAAAAGACUACUCUCUUACAGGUUAAUAUGAUAUAGAAUCUUAUGUAAAUGUGACUUAAUUUUUUCAAUUUUGGACAAAGAAUCAAAUACCAUACAUGAGCUUGAUUUAUCCUUUGCAAAUAGUAUCUCCAUAGAACGUUUGGAAUUAAACAAUGGUAAGUAAAUAAGUAUUAAUGGUAGCAAAAGUAAGAGAGGAUAUAUCAGGAAUUUUCAAAAUUAUUAAUUUAACUCAUGACACUAAUUAUAAGGUUAUCCUUUUUGUUGAAACUUCGAUAGUUUUGGCUAUUAUUAUAAUUUUAACAUUGCAUUUCGCAGCAAUCCUACAAUACUAAGUUGAGAUCCCUUUAGAAAAAUUAACAGUCUUUAUAAAUUAGAAUACAGAUUAGUUCAGAGAUCAAAACAAUAGCAAAGAGAAAUAAUAUUAAAAAAUAUAUUAGACUGAUAUGUCAAAUAAAUCUUUAAAUUAUGAUUUGAAAAAAUAAAUAAAAUUAAGCAAACGGAAAAGCAACAACUAAGAGAAUUUAUCUCUUAAAAUAGAUAAAUCUCCUAAUAUAAAGAAUUAAAUUAGUACAAAUUUCUAAUUAUUAACAAACAAAACUUUUCAACUUAACAAUGAGGAAGUAAGGUUUGAUAAUAUACGCUAAAAUAAAUGUGAUAAUAUUAAAUUUAAGAAUAAAUAAGAAGAACUUUUCAAAUAGGAGAGCUACUAAGAAAAAUAUAAUUCAAGCUCUAUGCAAAACAGAACUGAAAAAGAUUAAAGUGUUUUUAGACUUGAAAAUUUAAAUGAAGAGAGAUAAAUUUCUUAUUUUAAUAUAGAACAAAAAGCAUAGAUGGCAGAAACUAGUUAAUAUUUAAAGCUUAAAAAUAAACUGUAAUUUGAAAAACUAAAUUAAAUUUUAAAUAAUAAUGAUUAAAAAAAUAAUUACAAAAUAAGCGAUCAACCUUAAAAAGUUAAUUUAGAGGAAGAUUUAGAUCCAAUGUUUUUGGAAAUGUAAAUUAUAAAAGACACAUUUUAUUAGCUUUAAUCAGUUAUAUCAUUUAAAAAGAAUGACAUACAAUAAUACUCUAAAAUAAAAAAUAUGGAAGAAAACCAAGAUGAAGGGAGAUGUAUCCUUCACUAUGCAUUUGCUUAUAAGCUAUUUAGAUAAUUAAAAAAUAAUUUUGGAGUAGCUUUAAGCUCUCUUAAUUUAGGGUAUUUCUGCUAUAAAAAGAAUGAUUUUGUAGAGGCCCUUAUUUAUUAUGAAUCUGCUAUGAUUCAUUGUAUAAUUGAUAUGGGCUUCUCAAGCAUUCACGAGUUUAUGAGCUAAUGGAAACAAAGUUCUAUCUAGUAUUGUAAAAGUUAAGAAGCAAUCAAUUAAAAACUUACUAUUAUUUGCACCAGCUUGAUUCUUUCAUCACUUACAAUAAAAGAAGUAAUCCAUAAUAAAAAUGAUCUACUUGGAAAUAAAAAUGUAUUCAAAAUAUUUUUUUCUAACUUUUAAGUGCAAAAAAAUUAACUGAAAUUAGCUCUAUUUUACGCUUAAACUGUUUUGAAUAUUGCUUAAUAACUUAUUCUUUUAAAUAAAACAAUAUUAAGUGAUGAAAUAAUUAUAAUAAUUGAAACCAACUACUUAGAAAUCAUUCAUGAUUUUGCUCCAGUUGAAGAAGUUGAAAUGAUGAUAUAAAAUUUAGAAUAAAAAAUUGAGAAAAAAAAAUAUUUAUAAGUUAAAUUGCUAGAUUCUUAAUUAAAUUAAUUUUCUACAUAAGCAGUAUCACCUUUUAAGAAAUUUAGUGAUAAAAAUUUAGAUUAGAAAAAUGUUACGCCUAAAAAAGAGUUAUUAAGAGAAUUUGAAAAAAAUAAUUUUGAAAAGCUUCUUUUGAUAUUGAGUGGAAAAUUAAAUUUUUUUAAUGGAAUAAACAAAGAAGGUUUAUGA